AUGCACAAAUCAUAUGAUAAAUAUACUGGAGAUUCUCGGCUUGCAUUAUUAAAAGACCUUUCUUCGAAAUUAACAAAACAAAAAAAUGUAUUUUUAAAAAAACAAAUUAACGAUCGUGACAAUUUAAUAGCUUCUUAUGAAGUGUGUUUAGAAUUGGUCAAACAAAAAAAAGGGUUUAGAGACGGCGAAUUAAUUAAACGUUGUGCAAUAAAAAUGGCAAAUGCUUUUGGAAACAAAGAAAUGGCAACUAAAUUUGAAACUGUAUCACUUUCUCAUCAAACUGUUAGUAGAAGAGUCAAUGAAAUGAGUGAUCGUGUAUCUGGAAUGCUUCGUAAUAUAAUACAGAAUUGUAAGUACUAUUCUUUAGCAUUAGAUGAAAGUAAUGAUAUUUCCGAUAACAGUCAAUUAAUCAUAUUUAUUCGAACAAUUGAUAAAGAUUUUAAUAUACAUGAAGAACUACUUCAAAUAAAACCAUUAAUUACUGGAACUAGGGGUGUAGAUAUAUUUGAAGCACUGAAAAAAAUUAUUUCAGAUUUUGGUUCAUUUGACAAUUGCACUGGUAUAAUCACUGAUGGUGCUAAGCUAUGGUUGGGAUACAUACUGGUUUAG